CCACUUCACUUCACUUCAAUUUCCCCAUAUUUUCCUCUCAUAUAUUUCUCAAUUUCCAACCAUUUUCUCCCCCCAUUUCCUCACUCCUCACUCUCUACUCUCACUCCACUCUCAUUUUCCACUCUGUCUCUCAUCCAUCGCCGUCGCCGGUGGAAGUCCUCAAGGCGGCCUCUUUUCGCCGCGACAUUUUCUCCGAUCAUCGGAAAACUCGAAGUAAGCUGUAGAAAUGAGUUCUGGAAAAGGGAUUGAUAAUAUUAGUCGGGGUCUUACUAAUGUCAGCCUCGAAUCUUCUGAAAAUGGGGCCUGGGAAGAGGUUUCUAGAAAACAAAAAAACAAAGCCGGAACCAGUGCUGGAAGAUGGGGACAGCAGGCCCAACAAAAUCCCUCUCCUAAAGCAUGGGGACAACCUGACACUGCUCAUAGGCUUGGCAUACAUGGUAGUAAUGCUCCUGCCAGAAAUACCCAAAGCUAUGAGCAGAGGGCACAAGGUGGUUUUGGGACCCGGCCUGGUAAGCAGCACACGACUGGACCAUCAGUCACACCUCCUCUACAGCAGGGGCGCAAUUGGGCUGCUAGAACUGCAUCCGGCGUGAGCGCAGAUAAGGUUUCUGAUGAAGAGGAGGAAAAGGCUAAUUCUGAAGAGGAUGAUGAGGUAUACACUGAUGAUGAUGAUUACCUGCUGAGUGAUGGUUCUGAUUCUGAUGAUGGACCAGAAACUCAUGAAACCAGGAAAAAACAUAGAAUGUUGCUGAAGUUCUUCGAGAUAUUGGACCAGCUGUCGGUUCAGGAAAUCAAUGAGCCUGAAAGGCAGUGGCAUUGCCCUGCAUGCCAUGGUGGGCCAGGCGCAAUUGAUUGGUAUAAGGGACUCCAGCCACUGAUAAGUCAUGCACGGACUAAAGGCUCUCAAAGAGUGAAGCUUCAUCGGACAUUUGCUGAUGUUUUGGACGAGGAGCUCAGGAGAAGAGGUACCUCUGUCGUGCCUGCUGGAGAAUCCUUUGGGCAGUGGGAGGGUUUGAAGCAAGAGACGAAAGAUCAUGAUAUCUUAUGGCCUCCUAUGGUUAUGGUCAUGAACACAACGCUGGAGAAAGAUGACAAUGAAAAGUGGAUUGGUAUGGGAAACCAGGAGCUUCUGGACUACUUUAAGGGCUAUGCUGCAGCGAGGGCAAAGCACUCUUAUGGUCCUAGGGGGCAUCGUGGAAUCAGUGUUUUGAUAUUUGAUAGCUCAGCUGUGGGCUAUGUUGAGGCUGAGCGUCUUCACAGGCACUUUAUUGGACAGGGUACUGGAAGGGCUGCUUGGGAAAGCAACAGAAGAGUGUUGUUUUAUCCUGGGGGAAAGCGCCAACUCUAUGGAUUCUUGGCAAAAAAGGAUGACAUAGAUGAGUUUAAUAAGCAUUGUCAAGGCAAAUCAAAACUAAAAUAUGAGGUUAGGUCAUACCAAGAAAUGGUUAUGGCUCGUAUGAAACAGAUGAGUGAGGACAAUCAACAGCUCACCUGGUUCAAGAAUAAGGCGGCGAAAGAUCAGAGGCAGAAGAAGGCUCUUGAGGAGUCUUUCAACAUUGUUACUGAGAAGCUCCGUCAGACCACAGAAGACUACCGGAUUGUGAUGCAGAGAACCACAAAGCUGCAUGAGGAGAAUAAGGAGGAGAUGGAUUAUCAAGAGAAAUUCUUCAAGGAUCAGAUCCAGACAAUUCGUGAUAAAACUGAUGAAAAGGAGGAAAUAUUUGAGAAGCUACAGCAGGAUGAUCGCAAGAAGAUUGAAGAGUCCAAGACAUUGGCAUCAAACACGGAGGACCUUAGGCGCAGGGCCGAAGAGGCGACCAAGUUUAAGGAGCUCCAGGACCAAGAAAUUGGGAAGUUUGUGGCUGAGAGAGAGCAGUUGAUACAGAUCCACAAGGACAAAAAGAUGGAGAUGAAGAAGAGGCAUUGGGAGGAGGAGCUGGAGCUGGAGAAAGAAUUUGAUGCUACCCUGACCAAGCUCAUGCAGAAGUAUGCUCCUCACCCCACUGAAGGUCUUGAUGCGGCUUCUGGUAGUGCUUGACCCUGGUGCAUCUCAGUAGGAUUUAUCUGGGAGAGAGGUAGGGCUGUGGAAAAGAAAAACAUUUUAAUCAAAGAUUUAACAUAGUAGUGACUGAUGUCCAUGUUUCAUUCGUAGAAUGAUCUAACCUAAACAAAGACAAUAUAUUGAGGAUGUAAAUAACCGGGGAUGGCCAAAGUAAUUCCGAAACCUAUGUUAAAUGCAUAGGUGUUUGGUGCAAGGUGACACAGGAGAAAAUCCAUAUUUGUAGGCUGUAGCAACGUUUUGUGGUUUUCUCAAUAAUUGUGGCACUUUGAUUAUUCCAAUUUUCUACAUGGUGAAAAUUACAUGGGUUGUAACUUGUAACUGUUACGGUGGACGUCGUCCUUAUUUC